AUGGAUGUCGUAGCUAGGCCGUGGUCAGGUUUCUACUGUCCUGUAGGAUCGGCUUACCCUCAGCCCUGUGACACUGGCUUCUACUGUGGUCAGACUGGCCUGGAAGCCCCCAGUGGACUCUGUACCCCAGGCUAUUUCUGCUCCAGGGGUUCCACGACCCCUCACGCCUCACUCUGCCCCCCUGGACACUACUGCCCCCAGGGCACACCUCUCCCUCUCCCUUGCCCUCCUGGAACCCUGAUGGGUCGAUCAGGCGGGUCCACAGUGGACGAUUGCCAGCCUUGCCCCCCUGGUCAUUACUGCGAUCAGAUAGGCUUGGCCAAGCCCAGCGGUCAGUGUGCUGCUGGCUACUACUGUCCUGGGGGACAGAGCACUGAUAGACCAUCGCAACAUGUGUGUGGAGUUGGUCAUUUCUGCAAGGAGGGUAGCGUGAGAGAGAGAGCCUGUGCCCCAGGCAGCUACCAGCCUAGUGAGGGUCAGCACCGAUGUGAGGUGUGUCCUUCUGGCUUCUACUGUCUUGAAGAAGGAAGGACACACUUGGUUCCAUGCGGAAGAGGAUUCUAUUGUCCACGUGGAACAGCCAAUCAGCAUCCUUGUCCAUCCGGGACCUAUGGAAACUUAUCAGGAUUGGCUGACGAAUCGGAAUGCUCUUUGUGUGAACCGGGGAUGUACUGUAAAGGAACAGGGAGAAUUUACCCCAGUGGUCCAUGCAGUGCAGGGUUUGUGUGUUUUGGGGCCGCCUCUCAACCCUCCCCCUCAGACAACAUCACAGGCGCUCCAUGUCCUCCUGGAUUCCACUGUCCUGUUGGAAGCUCCGUACCAUCGCCCUGCCCUAAAGGCACAUUCAGUGAGCAAAGUGGACUAACGGAGCCCUCCCAGUGUCGUAGAUGUGUUCCAGGGUUCUACUGUGCAGAGCCAGGCCUUAAAGCAGUCACUGGAUCCUGUCUGCCAGGUUUCUACUGCUUGGAAGGGUCCCAGAGUGCUGCCCCGAUGUCAGGUGUAUUUGGAGGUGUUUGUAACCCAGGCCACUACUGUGAGAGUGGGACCAGUGUGCCUGCAUCCUGCCCUGCUGGCACCCAUCACAAUAACACCAGAGGGAAGAAGAGCGAUGACUGCAAGCCAUGUCCUGAUGGUUGGUUCCAGGACUUGGAGGGCCAGAGGGAGUGUAAGCCCUGUCCCCCUGGUUCUCACUGCCCGACCACCAACACAACUGGCAGCACCAGUGGCCCCAUCACCCCUCUGCCCUGCCCAGCUGGCUAUGUCUGCCCCAGAGAGAGCUCCUUCAGCCAACCCUACCCCUGCCCCAAAGGCACCUACAGCCCUACUCUGGGUCUCACAUCCCUUGGGGAGUGCUUGGUUUGUCCGGCGGGCCAGUUCUGUGGAUCAGAGGGUCUGGUUGAGCCCACUGGACCCUGUGCUCCUGGGUUCCUCUGUGUUACCAGGGCCACAGUGCCCAACCCCACCGACAACAGGACAGGGUCAACCUGCCCCCUCGGAUCAUACUGCCAACUAGGAUUCAGAGCAGGUGCUUGUGCUCCUGGGUUCUUCUGUGACUGGGGCUCCAGUAGUCCUGAGGAGGCCCUCUGUCCAGCAGGCUACUUCUGUCCAGGAGGAACUAGGACCCCCCUGGCCUGUCCUGCAGGCACACACAGCUCAGUGACAGGCAACAGCCACCAGAACAACUGUACAACAUGUCCUGAUGGCUACUACUGUCAGGGUGGGUGA